UCCCUCAGCUCCGGAGCCGAGUCUUGCCGUCUGCGCGCCUUCGCGGUGACACAGAGGCAGAGUGGCUGUGGCCGUGGCCGUGGGACAGACCAGCCUGGGAGCCAGAUGAGCAGAGAGAUCUGCGUGCACUCCUGGCCUUGCUCCUACUACUUAGAACCGGAGAAGCGAUGGGUUUCUGGAAGGCUUUCGUUAACAUCUCACUCCCUGAGAUUUGCAGCUGAUAAAACCGGGGAGGCCCUGGUCAGCUUCCCCUUGUCCAGUGUGAUUGAGAUCAAGAAGGAGGCUUCUCACUUUGUCUUCAGUUCCAUCACUGUUCUGGAGAAGGACCACGUCAAGCACUGGUUCAGCUCCUUGCAGCCCAGCCGGAAUGUGGUCUUCAGCAUCAUUGAGCAUUUCUGGAGAGAGUUGCUGCUGUCUCCGGCAGAAGUGCCGGUGCCUGUGACCAAGGGGAAGCAGCUGACAGGUCUGAUGGCCUGUUCCCAGAAGCGCCUGGAAGAGACAGCCCGCGUCCUCCACCAUCAGGGCGAGCAGCUAGACAGCAUCACCAGGGGCCUGGAGAAGAUGGACUCUGACCUAGAUGUGGCUGACAGGUUGCUGACAGAGCUGGAGUCCCCUUCUUGGUGGCCCUUUAGCUCCAAGCUUUGGAAGAUGCCGACAGAAUCGAAUCCCAAGAAAGGCACCGCAACGGCUGGUCCCAAAGCUCUUGGAAAAGAAGGGGUGGUGGUCCGAAUUCCUGCUGUUGUCUCCCAGGGGACAGGGUAUCAUGUUAAAGCAGGAAGUCUCACCCUCCUUGUGUCGGGGUUGGAAAUCCAUGACUCAAGCUCUUUGCUCAUGCACAGAUUUGAAAGAGAAGAUAUAGAUGACAUUAAGGUUCACACGCCUUAUGAAAUUAGCAUUCGCCAGCGGUUCAUUGGGAAGCCAGACAUAGCUUAUCGCCUGAUAUCCGCCAGGAUGCCAGAGGCUCUCCCCAUUUUGGAGGUGCAAUUCAGCCAGAAGAUGGAAUUGUUAGAAGGCGCCUUGAUGCCCAAAAGUGCCAGAAUAUCUUCCCCAGCAGAGAAGGGCUGCACCGUCUGGCAGGCGGCGUCUGGGCUGAUGGACCAUGCUGUGCACCGCGAGCCCUGCUUGGCGAGCCAGGAGGCCCAGCUGCUUCCACUGCAGAUGAGUGAGCCAUUGGUUUCCGAGGGGGAUGCCCAGGAGCUAAGACAGAUCCUGAGGAAGCUGAAGAGUCUUGCCCUGGACACGGAGACAGAGCUGGAGAGGCAGGAUGAGGCCCUGGACGGCAUCACUGCGGCCGUUGACCGGACCACCUUAACCAUCGACAAGCACACCCGACGUGCCAAAAAACUGACCUAGCACAGGAGAGCGAAGAAGUGACUGGUAUUCAUGACAGUCACUGCUCUGAGUACUUUGUUCUCAGCACGUGCACGCAGGAGUCACCCCAGGGGCGUGUUAGUAGUCGGAGGCGAUGCGGCAGAAGGUGCAGGCUUGCCUCAGGGUGGAGGGCUUAUGUGAUGUGACCCAGAGCACAGCACACACAGGAAGGAGGAGGCCCCGGAGAGGGGAGUUCUGCCUGCAGAUCCAGCAAGCCACCCCCCAGCCCCACACCCACUAUGGUGGCCCCAGUUCCUUCUUCCCAUACAACCUGUAGGCCCCAGCUCCCUUCUCCCCUGCCUUCUGCAGGCCCCAGCUCCCUACUCCCCUGCUUCCCUGGGCCCCAGAUCCUUCUCCCACACGCCACCCCCCAACAACCUGCAGGCCCCAGCUCCCGUCUGCCCCCCUCCCCACAGGCUUCAGCUGCCUUCUCCUCUGCCUCC